UGAAACAGUCUGCAUGUUGAUCGUCAACAUCGAGUAGUCAGGAUAUCGAUCGAAGCAACACAAACACGGUUAUACUUACUGAGUGACAUACAAACAUGUCAUCUCAAUCAUCGUUAUACAUCGCACUGUAUCACAUCGGACUAGGGCGUUAUCAUUGGGCUCUCAUCGUCACACCCUACAACACAUCCGUCAACAAUGGCCCCAUCUUCCAGAUCACUAAUCAAGACGCCAGUCAGCCCCACAGCGUUGGUGAAUGGAGGACACUGCACAAGAUGUCGACAGACUUGCUCAAGAGUUCGACCUUCGUCGGCUGCGUCAGACUUCCUGACUGCAAUGUCCCAGCACAGAGUAUCGUUUCUUGGGUGAAAGAGCAGGAGCCGCAACAGGGGGACACUCCACUGCCCGCGGGGCAAGUAUGGUCGUGCUCACAGUGGGUCGUUCGUGUUCUCCAACGCUUCAUGGACGCGGGAAUGUACAGAAUUGAUCUCAGGCAUUUCCGUGCCAAAAUUCUGAUCUAUGCCAACAAUCUACUAGAGAUGCGCAGAAGGAAUACGAAUGUAGUCCACAUCGUUAGCUAUGCCUAGUAGUCUCGGCUCGUAUAUAACCUGUAUAACAACAGUAGCUGCCCGAAUGUACAUUAGUCACCGCGGAACCUGAUGUAUUGAC